AUGCAAGCAGAUGUGGAUCUCUUCGAGACCUCGAACGGGAAUCAGGGUGGACGGACAGCCGAUAGGAUUGUCGAUGAGUUCUGUUACCUGGGCUAUAUGCUGAAGAACAACUGCAGCUACGAGAGAGAUGUUCAUCAAAGAUGUGCUAAGGCCACUUCUGCAUUUAACUCCUCAACGAAAUGCUUGUGGUCGGCCCCCAUCACCAACGAAGUCGAGCUGCGAGUCUACCUAUCUGCAAUUCGCCCCAUCAUGAUGUACGGAUUGGAGACUUGGGCAGCACCAUCUACAGUGAAGGAGAGGCUUGAUUGCACGGAACGAAAGCUGCUUAGACGGCUACUUGGCUACUCUUGGCCUAGGGUAUGCCCACUUGGAAGAUACCAACAUCUUGCACCGCCAUCGAAAGUGGCUAAAGUAUAUCGUCUUAGCUCCUUUGGUCAUAUAUUAAGGAGACGGGCAGAUCGCCCUGUUUAA